GGGUUACUUGGUAGGUGCUGUACAUAGGUUCGAGGUUAUCUUUUUCUGUCCGGUGAGUUUCGAGGGUAUAUAUACCAACUCGAACAGCAGUCAGGGAUGUACUGUACUGCAACCCCUUCAUUUUCAACCUCCAAGCAACUUCAUCUUACCUUUAGCCUACCCGAUUCUAUCGCAGAGCAAUCCAAUUCAAUCCAAUCCGCCACGAUCCGUGACAAGCUUCUCUUAGUCCCCCCAACCCCAAGUCUAAUUCCGUCUUCUGCAAAACACCAUAGAAUCAACAUGAAGCUCGUGUACCUCGUCUCGGUUUUCAUGGCCACAGUGGCAAUGGCAGCUCCGGUUCCAGACAUAGAUGCGGUGGCGCUGGGCGAGAAGCAGGUGCGACGCAGGGCCAUGAUGCUGGCCAGGAAUGAUACGCCUACCACCGGGAUCUCAAAGAAGGUCGAGGAAGCGCAGCAGCAGCAGCAGCAGCAGCAGCAACAGCAACAAGGGCAGCAGGGGCAGCAACAAGGACAGGGUCGGAAUUAAGUGGGAGUCUGGUCUGGGGAAGAGGGUUGUCAAGUCGAGCCGGGGAGGGGAGAAUAUUCCACAAGAUGGUUGCGGGGGUGCUUCGAUUAGGGCUGCAAGAAUGGAAGGAGGGUCUGGUUCGAGGCGGAGAUAUGGGUGACUACCUUAGGUAUUCUUGCUGGUGGUCGACUGUCCAUCGUACAUUGCUGGGACUCGGGAGAGUGAUCGUGUUUCCUUUGUUGGAUGCGUGUGCCCGGAUCGAAGGACGGCCGGAUUGGGUAAUAUGGGAGGCCGCGAUGUGCUACUUGCGUCGCAUGUGCAAGUUUUUUAUUGGGAGAUUGAUGGUUUCCAGAUAAAUUGCAGUGUGU